AUGAAACUCAUGUUAUGUGUCGAUAUGUCAACUACUUUAGCUGCACUGUUGAAAUUUUUUGAAAUUACAGCAUCAAUGAUGACAGUUGAACAUAUCACAUUACUCAAAACUCUUUGUAAGUGGGAAGGGCUCAAGGAUGAGUUGAAUUUUGCUGACAAUCAGCAUAGAUUCGCAACAUCUGAGAAGCAGCAAGCAGUCGACAAAUGGGAUCAGCAUACUCGUAAAAGCGAAGCAAUGAAGUAG